AUGGUGCCAGGCAGGAGCGUGAAUUUUAUUCAGGUUAAAAUUUCGGACUUUGGUUUGACCAGAGAAGGCACAGUAUAUCAGAUGGAUCCACACAAGAGGGUUCCCAUACGGUGGCUGGCACCCGAAACGCUGAGGAUGGCUAUCUACACGCAGAAAACUGAUGUGUUCAGCUACGGUAUAAUGUGCUGGGAAAUAUACAAUAAUGGAAUCGAACCCUAUCCUGGCAUGACGGUUGCGGAAGUGAACCAGAGUGUUGGUUAA